GCACGGAUUAUAGCAGAUUGGGAUCGUCAUUACACUCGCGAAUUGGAUAAUUAUGCGAAAUACGGUGAUAAUGGUGAAAUAUGGUUCGGAAAACGUGCUGAGAACCGAAUUGUCCAAUACAUCGAGGAAAACAUUUUCGACAAAAGUUCUCGAAUAAUCGAUUUGGGUUGUGGAAAUGGUUCAUUACUACAUUGCUUACAGCAAAAACAAUUCACAAAAUUGUUUGGUGUAGAUUAUUGCAAUAAUGCAGUGAAUUUGGCUAAAAAUAUUGUCAUUGAUUUGUUGGAUAAAAAUGUUCUUAUGGGUGAAAAAUUUGACGUUGUAAUAGAUAAAGGUACUUGGGAUGCGAUGAGCCUUUCUAAUGAUCGAAAUAUUCGUUUAUUAACUUAUAGAAAUCUUAUUUGCAAGAUUCUUGAUGAAAAUGGGAUAUUUAUUAUGAUUUCAUUUUUUAUUGGUUUUUCAUUUUCUGAUUUAAUGGAAUUUGUUUGUGGAAUAAAUCUAGCUUCGCACACAUUGAAAUUUGGUGGUAGUACGGGUGUUACCACAUCUGGCGUCGUUUUCAGAAAAUUUUGCUAA